AUGACAUCGUCGACGACUAAUCCGACAUCGUUUGUCUGCAACGACUCAUCGCCGACUAAGCGACCGGAUCCAGGAUACCACCUACUUCAAACCCUUCCCACGUUGACAUGGCUUUUCUUCCUCGUUGUCCCUCCUGCACGAUCACUGCAACGCCAGCUGGACUCGGCAGAUUCGUAUCACAGCCACUCCACUCUUUCGCAAGGACAACACAUCCAACGCCCGCUGGGCACUAGCCUUCAAGGCUAG